AUGUACCUAUAUUUAGCUAGUGAGAUUAAAUUGCAGAGGCUUCAAGCAGGGCAAAAAGCACAUUGGUCUGCCUUUUUUACAGACAAACCCUUGGGCAGACAACAGCUAAAGCUUUCUACUCCCUCCCCUUUCCCAAGUGUUUGCGAAAUGGAUUCCCAAAGGGAACUCACUGAAGAGCUCAGACUUUACCAAUCCACCCUCCUUCAGGAUGGCCUCAAAGAACUCCUUGAAGAGAAAAAGUUUGUAGAUUGCUCUCUAAAAGCUGGUGACAGAAGCCUGCCUUGCCACAGAUUGAUUCUGUCGGCAUGUAGCCCUUAUUUUCGUGAGUAUUUCUUAUCUGAGCAAAAUGAAGAGAAAAAGAAGGAAGUAGUUCUAGAUAAUGUUGACCCCAACAUCCUGGAUAUGAUUGUCAAAUACCUUUAUUCAGCAAGUAUUGAUCUCAAUGAUUCUAAUGUGCAAGAUAUUUUUGCUUUGGCCAGCCGCUUUCAGAUCCCUUCUGUAUUCACUGUGUGUGUGUCCUACCUUCAGAAGAGGCUUGCUGUUGGGAACUGUCUGGCCAUCCUUCGGUUAGGUGUUCUGCUUGACUGCCCCAGACUUGCAUUUUCUGCCCGUGAUUUUGUUUCAGAUCAUUUUGUGCAGAUCUGCAAAGAAGAGGACUUCAUGCAGCUUGCCCCUCAUGAACUCAUCUCAGUUAUCUCACCUGACAGUUUAAACGUAGAGAAGGAAGAACUGGUAUUUGAAGCAGUAAUGAGAUGGGUCCGGACAGACAAGGAGAACAGAGUAAAGAGCCUGGGGGAAAUUUUUGACUGCAUACGUUUUCGUCUAAUGCCAGAAAAAUAUUUCAAAGAACAGGUUGAGAAGGAUGAUAUAAUUAAAAGCAACUCAGACCUUCAGAAAAAAGUUAAGAUUAUUAAGGAUGCUUUUGCUGGAAAACUGCCUGACUCUAGCAAAAGCACAGAGAAGUCAACCAAAGGGGAGGUGAAUGGCGAUGUAGGAGAUGAAGAUUUACUGCCUGGCUACCUAAAUGACCUUCCCAGGCAUGGCAUGUUCGUCAAAGACCUGAUUCUUCUGGUUAAUGACACUGCUGCAGUAGCUUAUGAUCCUCUUGAAAAUGAAUGCUACCUGGCAGCCCUCGCAGAACAGAUUCCCAGAAAUCAUUCCAGUAUAGUCACCAAACAAAAUCAGGUCUAUAUUGUUGGAGGACUCUAUGUGGAAGAGGAAAACAAGGAUCAGCCUUUCCAGUCAUACUUCUUCCAGCUGGAUAGCAUUGCUGGAGAGUGGGUUGCCCUUCCUCCACUGCCGUCAGCCAGGUGUCUCUUCGGGCUGGGAGAGUCAGACAACAAGAUCUAUGUCAUAGCAGGCAAGGACCUUCGCACCGAGGAGUCGCUAGAUUCAGUGCUGUGCUAUGACCCUGUGGCAAUGAAAUGGGGUGAGAUCAAAAAACUGCCCAUCAAAGUAUAUGGCCAUGCAACUAUCUCAAACAAUGGACUGAUAUAUUGUCUUGGUGGAAAAACUGAUGAUAAGAAAUGCACUAAUAGAUUAUUUGUGUACAAUCCCAAGAAAGGAGACUGGAGAGACCUGGCUCCAAUGAAAGUGCCUCGCUCGAUGUUUGGAACAGCCAUCCAUAAGGGCAAGAUUGUCAUUGCAGGUGGUGUCACUGAGGAAGGCCUGACUGCAUCUGUUGAAGCUUUUGAUCUGACCACCAAUAAAUGGGAGAUAAUGCCUGAAUUUCCCCAAGAGAGAAGUUCCAUUAGUUUAGUCACUUUAAGUGGAGCUUUGUAUGCUAUUGGAGGCUUUGCAAUGAUUCAGCUUGAAUCUAAAGAAUUUGCACCUAGUGAAGUCACUGACAUAUGGAAGUAUGAUGAUGAGAAGAAAGAAUGGGUUGGCAUACUGAAAGAGAUCCGAUAUGCUACUGGAGCCUCCUGCCUGGCCACACGCUUAAACCUCUUCAAGUUAUCAAAACUGUAAACAAAAUGCUGGAAGAUGUGAUAUGGUGAGGGAGUUCUGGCAGGCUCUUCUGGUUUUGUUGCAUGAAAAUGUCCCCAAAUUGUACAGUUUUAUAGCA